UAAAACUAACCUAUAAUUGGUGUUCUCAAGUUUCAUUCAGACCAGAGCUUAAAACUUUCUUCCCGAAGUAAAAUUAUACAAACCAGUGCUCCUGGUUUUGAUAAGAAGCCGGUGGUUAGUUAUAAAUUCGCUUGAUCUAUGUAAGCAGGCACUCUAAUUAGUUAAAACCUUUUAAGCUGAAAUAUCGCGUUGAAUGAGCUGAUUUUUUAUUAUCGGCUCAAAAAUGCAAUAUAUCUGCGGCCCUGUCAUAAAAGUAAAUUAGCAUAGCUUAGUAGUUCAUUAUUUUGGUUAUAUAGCCUAGUAGUGAAAUUGAAAAUCUUUCAUUAUUCACAAGUUAAUACCCUUACCAAACAAACUAAAACACUGCUUCUAACAAGAUGACGAAAUUUGUUUUGAAAUGUUGGAAGACUAAUACUUAUGAAUUAUUUUCUUUGAACUUUAAAAAAUGUGGAAAUUUUGGUCACAUUUCAAGAACUGUAUCUUCUUCAUAUAUCAGUAAGCCAAAGCUCCAGUGGGACCAACUUGCACCAACAACGAAAUGUUACAGUGUACCGAAAACAAAAUUUACUUGUGGCUGUCUAACAAAGAGCCCUUAUCUGCAAAAUGGUUGGGCUCAGUACACACCAACAGUCUCGGUCAGAAAUUUUGGGUCAUCUGCAGAAGAAGACAAGCCCAACACAAAACCCUCUCUAUAUCAGAGAUUCAAGGCGAUGUACAGAGACUAUUGGUACGUGUUGGUGCCAGUUCAUCUAGUCACAUCCGCUGCUUGGUUUGGCGGUUUCUACUACCUGGCAUCUAGUGGAUUUGAUAUUGUGUCGUUACUAGAAUAUCUACAUGUGAGUGAGAAGGUUAUAAACCCUCUGAGGAAUGGUCAUGCGACGACAGGUUAUCUUGCUAUUUCGUAUGCUUUGUAUAAAAUCGCAACACCAGUUCGCUAUACCGUUACACUAGGAGGCACAACUGUAUCCAUCAACUACCUGAAGAAGUGGGGUUAUAUCAAACCAGUGCCUAGCAAGGAGAGGCUGAAGGAAUUGUUCGAAGACCAAAAGGAAAUGAUCAAGGAGAAAGGACAGACGAUGAAAGAUAACAUGUUGCAAACAUUCAAGCCUACUGAAAGUAAGAAGAAGUCUCCAUAGCAAAUUAGUGUAGUUGUGUCCACCUCCUUGUAUAUAUAGAGCUAAGUUGACUACGAAAAGUGUAUUUUUCAGUUAUUGUUAUACAGAGAAUUUUUUAUGUAUAGUACACAAAGCAUGUUACGUA